CCCCCGGGCGCCUGGGCCGGAUGUCCCGAUGAGAGAGCCGGCGCUGGCGGCCAGCGCCAUGGCUUACCACCCGUUCCACGCGCCACGGCCGGCCGACUUCCCCAUGUCCGCCUUCCUGGCGGCAGCGCAGCCCUCCUUCUUCCCGGCUCUCGCGCUGCCGCCCAGCGCUCUGGCCAAGCCGCUGCCCGACCCGGGCUUGGCGGGGGCGGCGGCGGCGGCGGCCGCGGCGGCGGCGGCAGCCGAGGCGGGGCUGCACGUCUCGGCACUCGGCCCGCAUCCGCCCGCCGCUCAUCUGCGCUCGCUUAAGAGCCUGGAGCCCGAGGACGAGGUGGAGGACGACCCCAAGGUGACGCUGGAGGCCAAGGAGCUGUGGGACCAGUUCCACAAGCUGGGCACCGAGAUGGUCAUCACCAAGUCCGGGAGAAGGAUGUUUCCUCCCUUCAAGGUGCGAGUCAGCGGCCUGGACAAGAAGGCCAAAUACAUCCUGCUGAUGGACAUUGUGGCCGCUGAUGACUGCCGGUAUAAAUUCCAUAACUCCCGCUGGAUGGUGGCAGGCAAGGCCGACCCCGAGAUGCCCAAGCGGAUGUACAUCCACCCGGACAGCCCAGCCACGGGGGAGCAGUGGAUGGCCAAGCCGGUGGCCUUCCACAAGCUGAAGCUGACCAACAACAUCUCGGACAAACAUGGCUUCACCAUCCUGAACUCCAUGCACAAGUACCAACCGCGCUUCCACAUUGUGCGAGCCAACGACAUCCUGAAACUGCCCUACAGCACGUUCCGCACCUACGUGUUCCCCGAGACCGACUUCAUCGCGGUCACCGCCUACCAGAACGACAAGAUCACGCAGCUUAAGAUCGACAACAACCCGUUUGCCAAAGGCUUCCGGGACACCGGGAACGGCCGGCGGGAGAAAAGGAAGCAGCUAACGCUGCCGUCGUUGCGCCUGUAUGAGGAGCCCUGCAAGCCGGAGCGCGACGGCGCGGAGUCGGACGCCUCGUCCUGCGAGCCUCCCCCUGCGCGGGAACCGCCGCCCUCUCCGGGGACGGCGCCCAGCCCCCUGCGCCUGCACCGGGCCAGAGCCGAGGAGAAGUCGUGCGCCGCCGACAGUGACCCGGAGCCCGAGCGGCUGGGCGAGGAGCGCGCGGGCCCGGCGCUAGGCCGCAGCCCCGCCCUGGACAGCAGCAGCCCACCUCGCUUGACCGAACCCGAUCGCGCCAGGGAGCGGCGCAGCCCCGAGAGGGGCAAGGAGCCGGCCGAGAGCGGCGGGGACGGCCAGUUCGGCCUGCGGAGCCUAGAGAAGGAGCGCGCCGAAACCCGGAGGAAGGACGAGGGGCGCAAGGAGGCGGGCGAGGGCAAGGAGCCCGGCCUGGCGCCGCUGGUGGUGCAGACGGACAGCGCGUCCCCGCUGGGCGCCGGACACCUGCCCGGCCUGGCCUUCUCCGGCCACCUGCACGGGCAGCAGUUCUUCGGGCCGCUGGGGGCCGGCCAGCCGCUCUUCCUGCACCCGGGACAAUUCGCCAUGGGGCCCGGAGCCUUCUCGGCCAUGGGCAUGGGCCACCUACUAGCCUCGGUGGCCGGCAGCGGCGGCGGUGGCGGAGGCGGCGGGCCGGGGACCGCCACCGGCCUGGACGCGGGCGGGCUGGGUCCCGCGGGGAAUGCGGCCAGCACUGCUGGGCCCUUCCCAUUCCACCUCUCCCAGCACAUGCUGGCAUCUCAGGGAAUCCCCAUGCCCACUUUCGGAGGCCUCUUCCCCUAUCCCUACACCUACAUGGCGGCCGCUGCGGCGGCGGCCUCGGCUCUGCCAGCCACCAGCGCUGCGGCCGCGGCCGCGGCUGCCGCCGGUUCCCUGUCCCGGAGCCCCUUUCUGGGCAGUGCCCGGCCUCGCCUGCGCUUCAGCCCCUACCAGAUCCCGGUCUCCAUCCCACCGAGCACUAGCCUCCUCACCACCGGGCUGGCGGCGGAGGGCUCCAAGGCUGCAGGCGGCGGCAACAGCCGUGAGCCCAGCCCGCUGCCGGAGCUGGCCCUCCGCAAAGUGGGGGCCCCGGCCCGCGUAGCCCUAUCGCCCGGCGGCGCGGCCAAAGAGGCGGCCAGUGAACUGCAGAGCAUUCAGAGACUGGUGAGUGGGCUGGAGAGCCAGCGAGCCCUCUCCCCCGGCAGGGAGUCGCCCAAGUGAGGGGGCCCGCCCUGCUGCUGCGCCGCCGCCGCCGCCGCCGCCGCCGCGCAGGCCUCCUGGGUUGCCUCCCUUGCUGCUUGGGACGUGUACAGCACAGAAUGGGUAUUUAUUUAAAUAAAGGAGAGAGAGCGGGCUGCAGCCGGAAUGAAACCCUGAUAGGCCAGCCGGGGCCUGGGACACUUCCCUGGGCCUCACAAGGAAUCCGGAACACAGUCGCUUUGGGGCCACUGGAUUUGGUCCAGGUCUGCUCCGGUGUCAAGGUGUCAUCAGCGGGGCCUCUCCGGGUUCCUACAGCGCUGUUGGGGAGGCCUCGCCCCCGGCUCAGCCAGGGGCUGGCUGUCUGGGGAGCCAGAAGGUCAGGGGAGGAAAGCCCCCUAGCCUGGAGCCCCGCAUUGCUGGAGAAUCUGGGGUGAGGGGAGCUGAGGUCAGUGAAGAUGAAGUCAGUGUAGACUUGAGCUGAGAGGGGCCUGUUCCUUUGGUCCUUCCACUUCUCUCCCGGACAGGCGGCCCUCCCACCCCUGGGUCAGCGGAGGGAGUGGCAUUUCUGCCUUGAGUCCCCAGGGGGCGGGAAUAAAAAGAUAUUUAUGAAAUAAAUGGUAAUUUGUGUAAAUAAGCUUUAAGGUUCCCAGAAUAUGCAAAUUGGUAUUAAUUUAUUCAAAGGUGUACAUUGCUGUGUACAGAAUAUUUAGAGAUUAACUCAUAGCCUAUAAUUUUUUUUCCUUUUACAUGAGCAUCUAUAUUGUACAGGGCUGGGGGGUGGGGAGGAGGCCCUUGGCUGCGGGAGAGGGCCCCGACCCCCGGAGAAGCUCCCACCCCGCCAGCCCCCUCGGCCCCUGCGCCCGGGCGUUUUUUGCUCGCCCGGCCCGCGGGCUCCACCUCAGGUUUUCACUUUUCGCUCCGGAGCGAGACGAAAACGACAAAAACUCGAGAAAACAAUAAAACGCUGCAAUGCGAAGUGAACGG